CCAGUAACAAAUGCUAUGACGGUCAGCAAUGAAACAAAUAACAAUACCAAUAAGAUGCUGCAGAAAUUAAUGGGAUUGCUCAUUUACUUAACUGUGAAGCAGCUUUUCAGUAGGCCAGUAAUGUAAAGAGUCAAAGUGUCCAAACUGCAACUAUAAAGCAAAGUGUAAGCCAACAAAGUAAGGAUACAAAAUUAGAAUAUGAAGUGAGGAUGUAAGAAGGCCAACAGCAUGAGGAGAUGAACAUUUUAACAGCCUUCUGAAGCUGCAGAUUCACAACUCUUGUCUCGCUCCCAAACCAGAUUUGAUAUCAGAUGAUUAAACUUGUAGCCAGAUGGUAAAUCUUUACAGUACAGGCACACUUGCUAAAGACCAUGUCCCCAACUCCACGUCACAAAAUCUAUUCAACAAUCUAAGUUGCCAUGACUGGAUGUGUUUUUCAGGCACUGCACUUGGGGAGUGUUGUUAAGAGGCUUUGCCCCCAAACACCUCCCAGGAAACAUUGUCUUCAUCUCAAGGCAAACUAGAGCAAAAACUCAGGAGCACUGUGUGGACUUGGGUAAUUUACAGGUAGGCCUAUCCUUCCUAAAGCCGAGAUGGACAGCCCAGAUGAGGGGGAGGGAACCACCGUGGAGGGAGUCUCCAGUGGGCGGAGAUUACGAGCACGGCCCUCCAAAGUGGAAGCUGAUAAUGACGUGUCGGAGAGUGGCAGAGGCCGAGCUAAACAUAAGAAAAGGAAGGCGGAAGUAAACAUUGAAAGUCUGUAUUUGCAAGAAAAUAAUAGAGAAGUUUGUCCAACAGCUCUGGAAACUAUUUACGAGACCCCUCAGAAGCAGUGUAAGAGUGGACAGAGGAAGGGCAGUACAAGCAGGAAAAAUAGUGAGGAUGAGGAGACAAGGCAGUUGGGCAUGAGAAGCAGUGAUGACUUAUCUACAAGCACAGUAAUGAGUGGGAAAAAAAUAAAGCGCUUGUGUAUGUUUGCAAGCCACUACUACCCAACAAAACAGAAAGUGCGUCUGAGAAAGGACCGUGCCAGGAAGAUGAAGCAACUCAGAGGUGUUAAGAUUCCUAAAGGCUCUGCAGUAACUGUCCAAGAUGUGAAGGAAGUCUUAGCCAAAUUGUCUGAUGAUGAUUCCGAGCAAAACGAGAAUAAUCAGAACACCAGUAACUGCAGUAUGUUGAGCAGGAACUCAUCGGUUAGCUUUUAUGUCGGAAAUAUAAUUAGACCAGACACAAACGAUGAAAAUUUCCAAGGUAUGAUUGAGGACCUACAAGCACUUCAGUUCAGCCUACCCAAGGAGAGUAUUGCUGAGGAGAAUCCAACCAGUGAGGUAACAGACCCAGUAUUAGCAGCACUUUAUAAUCUGGAUGACCCUAUUCCAUUCUUAGAUGAGAUUCCAAAGGCAAAACCAACCUCCCAGUCUCGGGAGAAGAAGGCAAGGAGACGAUCCAGCAAAUUAUCAGGAUGCCUUCUCCCUUCUGUGGACCGAGAGACCGCAGAGCAGUCCGUGUCAUCUGUGGAGAGUGGUGAGCCAAAUACCAUAGAGUCUAGGUUCACGGAUACAGAUCAGAUGCCAGGAAGUGUGGGUGAGACAGCGCUGAGUCAGAUCACGGAAUAUUGUGCCUCAGAUAUACAUGUUGCUUCAGCAGAAACAGUCAAAGAAGAGACAAGUGCUUUAAGGUGUGGAACCAAAAGAAGGAAAACAACAAAGGAUAAGCCUCUGAAAUCAGCAAGCCUUGCAAAAAGAGGAAGUGAAGUGCCAGAUUCAGAACUUGUGAAAAAGAUGAGAGGAAGUAAAAGUGCCAGUAAGAAUGAUGGUGAAGUUCAUGGAUGUACUGAGUCACCAAAUUUCACAUGUAAAGGAGAUGAGCUGAAAUUUGAGAUACCAGCACUGGCAGCCUCAUCAAAAAUUUCUGGCAAUGUCUUUAGUGAAGAUGACCUACCAAGUCCCACAGAUUUUAAGCCCAAAGUGACAAGAGUAAGAGGAACAAAGCGGCAACGUGGCAGACGAAGAGCAUCGGGAAUUCAGCGCUCUUUAUACCAUAAUCAGGCAGCAGUAGCAUUAGCUCACUAUGAGAGUAGUUCUCCAGAGAGUUUUGUCAAAGAUUCCAGUUCAGAAGAUCAGCAGACACUGAAUUCUGAAAACAGUGAACUUAUCAGAACAUCACCAACUUCACCUUCCACCCAAAUGGCAGCAUUAUCUCUUCAUUGUGACUUACCAUUCACUUCUUCAGUGCAGAAUGUGGAAACUCAGGCAGAACAGCGGAAGCUAAGAGCCAGUAGAAAAGCUCGUAGACGUUCAUCCAGGAUAAGCAUAGGGGCAUCUUCACCAAGUAAAUCCAAUGAUCACAUGAAUUCCAACUUGGGUUCAUACUGGGAUACUCCAUCACUGAAAGUGUCAUCUGAGUCUCCCAAACCCAUAUCUUCAGGUUCUUCGGAGGGCAUACAUGUUACCUUAGAAUCUGCUCCACAGCCUAUGGAGAUGCCUUAUUCUGGACUCAUUGCACAGACAAUAGACAAUGGUGGCAAAGAUGUUCAUUUAGUUCAAGAUCACAAGACUGAUAUAGAAGAACCAUUAAGGGAAGAAAACUUUUCUUCAGUCAAUAGUCAAGGUGGUACUAUUGACACUCCCACAUCUAAUGCAAGUUCAGCAGUUUUCAUGGCAAAUUUGCCUGAUGUACUGGAAGAUGAUGAUCAUCUUCCUGCAUAUGCUAAUAGAGAUGAUGAUACAGGAAAUAACAAUCCAGAGAACUGUAGUUUUACUGACCAUCACACUCCCAGGACGAAAGAAGGAUGUAUCUGGGAUACAUUCAGACCAAAGCCAAAACAGAAGUCCAAGCAGGAAUCUACAAAAGUUCCUCUACAAAAUACUUUAAGGGGAAAUAAGUCUUCAGAUUGCAGUACAAUUGAAGGUGUUUCAAACACUGUGAAGAGAGGUAAUGGUAGAACAAAGUCUUUGCAGAAAGGCGUAAAAAGAAAAGAUUUGGUGCUGAAGAAUUCUCCUUCAACUUUAGACCUUCCAAACAGUGAACCAGAGGUCCAGUAUAGUGAUCGUGUGUCUUCCACUGCAGCAGGUUUCUCUGAUGUGAAUCAACAACAUUUGCUAGAAGAUAAGAGCACAGAUAUUCAUUGGAAUUCACCCAUCAUCAGUGGGAUGUUUGAUGGGAAAGCUAGUAUUCGCCUUGGCAAAAUGUAUCACAAUAAGGUAGCUGCUGCUUCCGGCCCCAUUACUACCUCCUUGAAAAUUCAGCCAGUAUUAAGUACACAAACUGUAUCUUCAGUUAUACCUGCAGCAAAAUUACCAUCUCUCGAGGAAGAGCAAUCAGAGGAACUUCAUUUGAAAGAACAAAGUCAUCAACCACAAGAAAAUUUGGAAAGUUAUCGGUGAGGAAUGUCUAAGAGCUAGCAUAUAUAUACUUUUUUUUUUUUGCAUAACUAUAAAAUUUUAUUCACAUCAUAUAAUAUUGAACUGUACAGAGGCAAUAGUUUUGAUAAUUGUGCUUAUAGAAAGUCAAAGGUAAAUUAUACUGUUGAAUCAGUCAUAUUGUUAUGUGCAUUACAGUUUAGUGUGACUUGUUACUUCCAUUUUUUUCCUUCGUAAUCAUGAUCAUCACCAUUAUUAGUAUUAUGGUUGUCAUUCCAUGGUCAUUUUUACAUGUGUCAUCAGUAUCAUCACUAUAUUUAUUAUUGUUUUUAUAUGAUUAUUAUUAUUAUUAUUAUUAUUAUUAUUAUUAUUAUUAUUAUUAUAAGGCCAUCCUAAACAGCAGAUGCUAUUUAGCUUGACUUGACCAUCUGAGGUAAACCUUUACAAGGAUUCCCUCAUGUUUACUACUACAGCUGCUGCCCUUGCUCCAACUCCAGCUGCCAGUCCUUUUGCUAGUCUUUGUGCUCCUUGCUCUACUCUCUUCU